UUAUUUAUAUUUGGUUUACUAUUUUAAAAAAAAUGGAUAAAGAACUUCCGUUAAUAAUAAAAUCCUUAUAAGGAAAAAUAAGACGCUAAUAAUUAAAUUCUACAGUGGGACACUUAACCUUACUUUUAUUUGACAACUGGCAGGUCAGGACACCUUCAUCCAUCAUAACCUCACUUCUUUCUACCUCUUUGAUUAGUUGUUAUUUACUAUUGUUAAAUUUUGAAAAAAAAUGGAUAAAGAAAUUCCGUUGAUAAUCAAAUGGAGCGGCAAAGAGUACGAAAUCCUUAUAGAAGAAAAUAAGACGGUGAGCGACUUGAAACGAGAGAUCGCCGCUAAAACGUCAGUCAAGCCCGAGAGGCAAAAACUGCUAAACCUCAAGGUAAAAGGAAAAACUGAGGAGCAAUGUAAACUGGGCGCCCUCCAACUGAAACCGAACUUUAAGAUUAUGAUGAUGGGCUCGUUGGAGGAGGACAUUCAGGAGGCCAAUACGGCCCCAAAAGACUUGCCUCAGGUCCUUAAUGAUUUCGAUAUAGACGAUGAGGAAAUCGCUAUUGAAAACCGGGAUAUUUACUUAAAUAAAGUGGCCAGGCGGGUGAAAGAAUAUGAGGUGAAAAUUCUCAAUCAGCUUCGCCCUGGUAAGAAAUUACUAGUGCUAGAUAUUGAUUAUACACUGUUUGAUCAUCGUACCACCGCCCAAUCGGGGGCAGAACUAAUGCGGCCCUAUUUACACGAGUUCCUAACCUCUGCAUAUGAAGAUUAUGACAUAGUGAUAUGGUCUGCCACGAAUAUGAAGUGGAUCAUUGAAAAAAUGAAACUUUUAGGGGUCGACAGGCACCCCAGCUAUAAAAUCGCUUUUUAUAUGGAUUCUUUGGCUAUGAUCUCGGUGCAGGCCCCCAAAUAUGGAAUGAUAGAUGUGAAGCCCCUUGGGGUUAUUUGGGGUAAGUUUGAGCAAUACACCCCGAAAAACACCAUAAUGUUUGACGACAUUCGAAGGAAUUUUAUUAUGAAUCCUAAAAAUGGGUUGAAGAUUAGGCCAUUUAGGGAGGCCCACAAAAACAGGUGUACCGAUAAUGAGUUAUUAAGACUUUCAAAGUACAUAAAAGAUCUUGCAAAGUUCUGUGAUGACUUUACAACAGUAAACCAUAAGAAUUGGGAGAAAUAUAAGCCCAAAGGGAGGUCCAGUGGCGAGGAUACUGAGAGCGAUGUAAGGAACUGAUGUUGCUCGAUAAUAAUUAUUGUAAUUUGCAUUUUUAUUGUUAAUAUAAGAAUUUCAUAUAA